CACCCAGUAUGACCGCACUUGAGGUCACAACAAACGCGUUAUAUUGGUAAAAAAAAUUAAGGAAAUGCAGCAGCAGCAGCAGUUGUCCUAAUUGUUGAUGCCCACAUGCAAUAGCAAGGACUUUAGGACGCGAAAGAGCCAUGGCAACGCACCAGCCGCACCCGCAUCCGCUACUGGAGCAGGGUUCCGGUCAGGAGUCGGAAUGCGAGCCGGCGGGUAGCAAGUUGGUGCCUCUGAACGCACUGAACCCACUGAACACACUGGACACCGUGGAUGCAGAGCGCGUCUGCCGCGUUUGCCUGAAGGACACAGCGCUGGACGGGGAUGUGCACUUUAUCUUCAACGAUGCACCCGUCGAAGAGGGCGCCAAUCUAGCCCGUAUCCUGGAUGAGUGCACUCUGUACCAAUGCCAGCGGCACGACGGGAUGCCUUCGCAUAUGUGCGGCUCUUGCGUAGAGGGCGCCCGCCACGCCUAUCGCUUUAAGCGGCAAGCGGAGCGGUCAUAUUGUUCAUUGGUGGCCCUUUUGGGGCGCGUGCCUCAAUUGAAGGCGCGUGGAACCGAGACAGCCAGCCAGACGGAUCAAGUGGCCCUGUUGCCAUGCGAGAUGUGCCACGACCAGUUCCUUAAUAGCUUGGAGCUCCGCCUGCACCGCAACCAGGUGCACAGGACGACCAAGGAUGGCACAGUGACAGGCGCGGAUGGCCUGCAGCCCGAGGAAUUUAAGUGUAAGUUCUGCCCACAGCAUUUCCCGCAUCUCCGGCAGCUUCGCAGUCAUUUGGCGCGGAGCCACGAGCAAACAGCACGGCUUCAAUGCGCGCAUUGUCAGCGAACCUUUAGCAGACGGGAUCAUUUGUUGCGCCAUAUGCGCAAUCAGCACCGGGACGUGGACGAUGACCUGCUGCGCACCUGGCCGCCGGCAGACGAGGACACCAUGCACAGCGACGACGGGGAUGAGUUAGUCUCCGCCGAGGUUUUACUAAACGAAGAGGACGACGAUCAUGACGGAGUUACAGAAACCUUCCAUUGCAAUACGAAUCCCAUUUCCAGCAACGAGGAGGAGGAAGAAGAAGCCAAUGCGGCGAACCAAACGCUGUGGCUGCACAUCAAGCCGGAGCCUUGUUUGGAGGCGGAAGAAGUCGAACUGGCCAUGCGACGCGAGAAAAGACGUCGACAACGGGACAAGUUGGAAUCUGAGAUCGAUGGCACCAUUGAUCAGACCGUGAAGAAUGAACCUAUUGCCAUCGGCGACUCUCAGUUCAGCAUUAAAGAGGAAAGUGCCCUUGUGGGCAGCGAGGAUGAGGCACCAAUGGGAGUCGAAGAUUUCAUGAAGCUCCAUGUAAGUGGAGAAUUGCCACUCAGUGAUGAGGACAGAUUCGAUGAGUUCGCGGACGAAGAUAGUGACCUUGAUGAGGAUGAGGAUGACGAAGAAGACGGAGGAGAAGAUGACGAUGGUGAAUUCCGGCUAAAGCAGGAGCCGUUGGACGGUGAGAAACCUCCGAAGAAGUCAAAGUCGGGGAGGCGGCGGCGCCGUAACAAGCAGGGCGAACCAAAUCCAGAGAACCGUUGCGAAGUUUGCCAGCGCACUUUCUCGCGUCAUUGCCACCUGCUGCGCCAUAAGCUUUCGCAUUUGGAGAAGAAGCCACACAAUUGCCCGCACUGCCCCAAGGCGUUCGCGCGCAGCGACCACCUUAAAGCGCAUGUGCAAAGCCUGCACAGCAAUAAAGAACAUAAGUGUGCGCUCUGCGAGGCGGCAUUCUCCCGACUGGACGCAUUGGAGCGUCACAAGGUCAGCAAGCACAAUGGCGAGGGCCUUGAGCCGGGCAGCGAGCUUAAACUGCAACUGGCGGAGCACACAUGUGAGUACUGCUCCAAACGAUUCUCCAGCAAGACCUACCUGCGCAAGCACACCCUGCUGCACACCGACUUCCUGUAUGCGUGCAAGACCUGUGAGGAGACAUUCCGCGAGCGAGCGCAGCUUAGGGAGCACGAAAAGACCCAUACGGGGCAGCGAAACUUCCUGUGCUGCAUCUGCGGCGACAGCUUUGCCCGUAACGACUACCUCCGCGUACACAUGCGGCGUCACAACGGCGAAAAGCCCUACAAGUGCCGCUUCUGUGUCAAGGCUUUUCCCCGUGCCACCGAUCUCAAGGUGCACGAACGUUACCACACGGGCACCAAGCCGAAUCUGUGCAAUACCUGCGGCAAGAGCUUCCACCGGGCCUACAAUCUAACCAUCCACAUGCGAACCCAUACCGGCGAGCGGCCGUAUAAAUGCGACCAGUGUCCCAAGAGCUUUACUCAGAGUAACGACCUCAAGGCGCAUAUCCGGCGGCAUACCGGCGAGCGGUACAAGUGUCCGCAUUGCGAUGCCUACUUCCUGCAGUUGUAUAAUAUGCGUAACCACUGUUUGAGUGCACACAACAAGCACAUCGAGACAAAAACCGGGCGCCUUCAGCGGACAGGCCUAUUGGACGACGGAGGCCAGUCCCACCUGACCACUGUAGUAAUGCCGCCGGCACGUUAUCCACAUGAAGUGGAUCCGCAGCUGGCCGCAACUGGAGCUGUCGGUGCUGAGAGCUCAUCCUCGACCACCGUCAUCCACUCACCGGGUACAUACAAUACCGCAGCAGCGGGACUAGCUCCGGGGUCGACUGCCGCCGCUCCUGGCGGCACACUUGAUGGGACCACCUUUGCACCCACGACGGUUAAUGCGACAGCUCCUUUUGGCGCCUUCAACUUUCCGCCGGUCGUUAUGGCGCAUCUCAUGUACAAUCACGGAGGAAGUAGUCAGCACAGCCAGAGUGGUAGUGAUACGGGCAAAUAGCCAUUGCCUUGGCCAAUAUCCAUUCAGCACAGUGUGCUCCUAAUCCUGCUCCUGUGGACACUGGUCCUUCUUAUCCCGAACACACAUACACACAACUAUUCCAGUGUAGUCUUAAGCUUCCCUCUGUAUAUAGUCGGCGUAAUGGAGAGGAGUCGAUGCCACCGGGCUGGCCAAUUGAAAGGGUUCAUCACAAGCGCGGGCACCACCCAUGCCGGCCAUUUUAAUGUGUUAAUAUUGUAUUUAAUAGUCGAAUAAGAACUGCUUACAUCUAAAAGCGCAAUGCAGGCGGUUGGAUCAUUUUUAUAUAGCUUACAUCAGUGCGCAUGUAUGUAUAUUAAAGCAAAGCGCUCCCAUCCCCCUAAAAUGUUUAAUAGAUGAGCAAAUAAAUCGUGAAAGCAUAGUAAAACAUA